AAGGAAAGCGGGCCGGGGACACGAGCAGCCGCGAGCGCCGGAGCGGAGCUGCAGCCUCGGCGCCGCCAUGAGUCGGCGGGCAGGGGGCGCUCGGCUGCUUCGCGGCCUCCUGCUCUUCGCCCUGCUCGCCGCGGGCGUCGCCCAGCUCAGCUGGGACCCCCCGGAGCCCCGCAGCCGCGCCAGCAGGAUCCGAGUGCACCCUCGGGGUAACCUCUGGGCCACCGGUCACUUCAUGGGCAAGAAAAGUCUGGAGCCCCCCAGCCCAUCCCUGUUGGGGACAGCUCCCCACACCUCCCUGAGGGACCCAGGACUGCGGCUGAGUCAUGAUCUGCUCAGGAUCCUCCUGCUGAAGAAAGCUCUGGGCAUGAGACUUAGCCGCCUGGCCCCCUACACCCAGUACAGGAGGCUGCUGGUGCAAAUACUGCAGGAAUAACUCCAGUAACGGGGCAGACACAACAACAUGGCUUAGAUUGUGCCCGCCCAGGGAAGGUGCUGAAUGGGACCCUGGUGGUGGCCCCAUGUGGACAUAAAUCCUGAGCUCAAAUCUCUGUUACUCCAUUACAGUGAUUUCUGGUUGGUUCACCAGGAAUGUCGCUGAUGCAGACAAAAGUUAUGUUCCUGCUGUAUUUCUUGCUUCCCUGUUGAAGUUGUGAAUAAAGCCUUGCUCUUUAAA